GAUGCGUAACAGAAAAAAUCAAUCGUUUCAAUUGCAUGAGUGGCUGAAGGCAAGCGAGCCAGAUUUGACAGAAAACAUCAUCCUUCAAAGGCAAGCGAUGCCAAAUUGGGUUGAUCUUCCAAGAGAUUUGACAGAAAACAUCCUUCAAAGGCUUGGUACGGUUGAAAUUUUGAUGAGUGCAAGCCGAGUGUGUUCUCUAUGGUGGAAUAUUUGCAAGGAUCCUUUAAUGUGGCGUACUAUUCUCAUCCAUCACAUACUAUCUUUACCCUAUAAGUAUCGUCAUCAAUUGAAUAAUAUUUGUUACACUGCUAUUGAACGAAGUUGCAAUCAUCUCCAAGACAUUGAUAUUCAACUUGUCGUCACCAACGAUCUUCUUAAAUGCAUAGCCAAUAAUGGCAGCCACCUACGUAGCAUGAGGCUUGACCUUUGCUAUGCAAUUUCUGAUGAAGGAUUUAGCGAAGCGGUGAGAAAGCUUCCUCUGUUAGAAAAGGUUGAGAUUUCAAUGACCAAUUUAACUAAGGUAUCUCUUGAAACCCUUGGCCGGUCGUGUCCUCUUUUGAAAUCGCUUAAAUAUGACACAGAAUUAUAUGUUUCUUCUGGACAACCUUGUGAUGAUUUGGCGUUUGUUAUUGCUGAAACCAUGUCUGGUCUAAACCAUCUUGUUAUCGAUGGAGACAACCUAACUAAUGUUGGUUUGCUUGCCAUUCUUGAUAAAUGCCCUCUUCUUAAAUCUCUUCACAUUAAACGGUGUGAGCAUCUUGAAUUGAGUGAUGAAACUUUGGAGAAAAGGUGCACCAAUCAGAUCAUUGAUUUGCAACUGAAUAGAUAUGAUGACCAAGACCAAGACGACCACUAUUCUUCUGGUUAUUAUACUGAUAACUAG